GAGCCGGACAUGACUGUUGGCGAGGUGUGUGUGUGUCUGUACAUAUUUGUUUGUGUUGUCAGCAAAUUCUUUGAAGGCAAAUUAAAUAUAGUUUCAAACUCAUUUGGAAAUAUUGCACAUGAAGAGGCUGGCAUGUUUAGCUAGCUACCUACGGACAGUGAGCUGGAGAAAACCAUGGCAGUCAUUGGGCUACCGGAGGAAGUGUGGUACCAUGUGUUUGAGUUCCUCUCGCUUCCUGACAAGCUCAGCGUUCGUUCGAGCUGCAAGUUCUUUAAGAGAUUGAUAGACCGGCCUGGCUUGUGGAGGAACAGCACGGUGUACCUAGAAAAAAUAACUUCAUAUAAGUCUCAUUUUUGGAGGACUCUCGGCAAGAGGAAGACCAGCUCGGUAGUGGUGUUAAAGGCAAGCGGUGUGAGGGAGUGCACGGAGCUAGUGUGCCGCUUACCCUGGCUAGCCUCACUUACUAUACAGGUGUGUGGUGAUCCCGAAGCGCUUAGGACACUGAGUCGUUUAAAUAAGCUAAAGAGGCUUGAAAUUCGCCAGUGCCGCUGUCCGAGCCUCGCAGCUUCAUUGCCAUCACUGCUCCAGUUGACACAUAUCGGUUUAUGUGAGGUCGUUUGCGCCCCCAGAACGGACCUUAUUAAUGCUGUUUCCCAGCUCAGUAACCUCAGAUCUCUUCACUACCAUGAAAGCAAUAAACCUAUUCCUAAGGCAGCUCUUCACAAAAUCUUGCGGUGCCUACCAAACUUAAAACAUUUGUCUUUAAAAAUGGGAGCAAACCAAAGCCCUCUGCCCAGUGAUUACUUCUGUCCUGCUAAAGCAAACCAAUUGUCUGGUGUGCCAGUGUGUGGAGCUCUAGGCCUGACCAGUCUGGAGCUGCUGAACUACAUGGACCCCAUGCUCUCUCCAGUAGCCCUGCAAGGCCUACCCUCCCUCAAAAGUUUGACUGUGCAGUAUAGAGGCUGGGCUCUAGAUUCAAGCCUGUGUCACCUCAAAACAUGGCUGUCAAUGCUGCCACUCCUCUUAGAGCUCAGCAUUUCUUUGGGGUAUCAGCUUGGUGCCUAUGCUAACCUGGUGCCUGGAACAGUGCAGAGCUUGUCGCUUAAAGGAGUGGUGGGGGAGCUGAAGUCCUUGAGGGAAAUGGCGCAACAGGUGCCUGAUCUCUUGUGCCUUCACUUAGACCUGUGCUGCCAUGAAAGGCACAGCUUUAUUGCUGAGGUUCCUCAGCUUUUCCCUAAGCUACAGAGCCUGAAAAUGAGACACCACAAUGUUCCUGAGACAGAGUUUCUUCAGCUUGCACAGAUGUCCCAUCUUAAGCGCUUAGUGGUUUUAGAUCCCCCCAAUUUGAGCCCCAAUUCAGCUCUAACAGAUCUGACUCACAAACUGCAUAUCCAGACCAACUACAGAGUUCAUGUGAUUCAUUCCUCAGAACCAAAGGACCGAAAUGCUUGCCUUUGUGCAUAUCACUAAUGACAUUGGGCCUGUACUGCCCUGUAACUUGGAUAAUGAAUUCUUAAUCAUUGACUUAGAAGCCUUGUCAGUGAAACCAAAUGUCUGUUUUUUAACAUGUAGCUUUUUGCUGUGGUUGCAGACCUCCACUAGGUGCCACUGUAGUCAUACUAAGAAAAGCAUCAGGAGAGCGUGACGUCACAGUCUUUUAAUUCCUUCAGGUAUAAAUUGUUUGAGGCCUUGAAAUAAUGUACCAGAAGCAGUUGGUAGCAUUCGCCAGAGGGCCUGGGUUCACAUCUUUAUUCAUUUGAUUUGGGUUGUCAGCUGGUAGUACAGAAAUACUGAUUUUUAUAGAGACUGCAUUUCCAAUUUUUAAGAAAAUGAAUUGCUGCAAUGAUUUGCUGCUAAUUGCUUGGAAAGGAAUAAAAAAUAUUUAUUGAGUCAUUUAUUAAAUAAUUUUCUCUCAGUCGCCUACAAAAUCAUAUGGUUAUUGCCAUCAUCAUGAGUUAGCACUAAGCUAAUAACAGUGCUUUGUUUUCAGAUUUGACUAUUUUUGCCUUUGCUAACCUUUAGAGUCGCUGUAUAAGAGGGUGUAUUCUUUGAAGGACAGCAGCUGAAGGUAAAAUACAAAUCGUGUAAUACUUUUGGUCAUUAGUGUAUUCAGCUAGUGAUGGAGCAUUUGUUGGAUGACUCAGCAGAAGAAGUAAACUAAUGCUAGACUAAUGUCUUCUGAAUGACUGCACAAUUUUGAUAUAAAGAGAAAUGUAAAAUUAUGGAAUGGGAAACAACUAAGCCCUUCUGAAAACAGGCACAUAUUAAUGAUUAUAAUACUCAAUGAAUAUAAGUUUGUAACACAAAAAGUAAAGAAAGAAAAUAAAAAUAUGGUUAUGUAAAUCAGACAGGAAUAUCAUAAAGCAAAUAGCUGGAGGCCCUAAUCCUACCCAAGGUUGUACUGUAUAUCAGUUGAAGUAGCCUCCUCAGAGACUUUUAUGGUUGUAUUGAAGCUGUGUGAAAUCGUAGCCAAGGUCAGAGCAUUCAUCAAAAAGAGAUGGGACAAAGGCAAUGUGUCUUUUCUGCAUUAGCUUUUACUGAGGGCAAAAUAAUGUCACUAACUAUGGGGAAAUUUGAUAAGGUAUUUAAGUUAAAUGUUGUGCAAUGACCCAAAGACUUUGUCCAGAAUUUGAGGACAAUAGAACUCGAAGAUUUCUAAAACACUGAUUUGGUAAUCAGCAAAUUGAAAGAUAAGGUUAUGCGCUGUUGUCAAGUCUUCAAUAAAAAUACACCUAUUAUA